AUGCCUGUGACUUUUGCAAGUCAUACAAAAUUUGUUUUUUUCAGUCUUUAUUCAAAUUAUUAUUUAUUUAUACUUAUUAAGACUAUACAAAGAUGGUUUUUGGUGAAAUUGUUGAGCCUACGACAAGAGCUUUAAUAUUAGAAGACGAGGACCUAGAAAAUCUUCCUGACUAUGCAGGGCCAGUUUUUCAGUGGGAAGGAAAACCUGAACCUCCAGAUAAUAUUGAAACCCUUGUAUUUAUAGAAAGUCAAAAAGUUAUUCAUAUUGUUAAUACAUUAUUAAAAGGAAUAGAACCUGUUGCAUUAAUUAAAGAUGAAGGUGUUUUUAUCUACAAAUUUAAUGAUAGAUAUUUAGUUCUAUUUACAGGACAACUAAAUAAACUAGUUUUAGGAGAGAUUGUAGAAAUACUAGCACCGUGGCUUAAAAAGGCAAAAACAAUUCAUGCCAUUACUACAGAAUUAAUAAAUAAUCUUAAACCGGCAGAGAAGUACAGAGAUGUAGUUACAGUGACAAAGUGCCUCACCAAUUCCAGUGAAUUACCUUAUGGUUCAAGAUUAGAAACUCCUAACUUAAUUCAAGGGCUAGGUGCAACAGUUUUGACUUACUGUCUUUGCCAGAAACAUCAAGCUUACUUGUGGAUUGUCUACACCGACCAUUUGCCUCUAGACUCUAUGAAUUCUGCUGAAUUAAUAAAAUUGUUGAAAUUUCUUGGUUUAGAUAUCAAAGUAUCUUUUAAAGAAAGUCCAGUCGUUAGUAAUUUAUAUAUGUAAUAUCAAUAAAAAUAAUUUUUUACUUUA